UAUAGUAUACGCUUGCUAUAUUUAUUUUGCGCUUCAAAUUCGCUAUUUCUGGAAAAAACAUUGGGUACAUAAUAAAAAUUACAACAGAAUUCCGGGUUUUUUUUUCCACUUCCAUGAUGCGUAGUAUAUACCUACAAUGUAGAUCUAUACAAAUGCACAACUUAUUUGCUUAUCUACAGAGCAAAGAUCUACAUAACCUUUUUGUUACUUUUUCACUACUCCCAUUCUCUUGGAUUUCGCACGUUUUUGCACAAAAGCAUAAGGGGCCAUUUAAUUAUUUCAAGUUGCCACAUUUCAGUUGCAAGAUGUCGUCAGGCGUAUUAGCAUUAAUUGUUGUGUCGGUGAUUCUAAUCAGCAGCGCAAACAGCGAAAAUGCAUACACCUAUGUUGAUCAAGAACAGCUGAAUGAUACCUCGUUUCUAUCGUGGAAAGACUUAAGGAAUGAAGUUCGGCAAGGAGAUGCAGUCACCUACGAACUGGGCACGCCACAAUAUCAAAUAUUAAAUGCUGAUGAGCCAAUUGAAAUCAUCACAGCGGACCAACCCGGUUACUAUGAGAGUCUCAGACGUUAUGAGCAGGCUGCAAAAAAACCGAAAACGCAGCAAGAGCAGUCAACCACUCAAACGCCAAAGAAAGCAGAGCUGCAGCAAAUGACAGAGCAGACCGAGGCUCCAGUGUCGUCAGAUGAUAAGAAGAUUAAGUUUGUUAUCUUUCAAUCAAAGGAUAAGAGUAAAGGGAGCAAAAAGCUAGUCGGUAUGCGCAAAUCGAAAAUCCAGCAAGAUGCUAUGUUAGCUGAAUCACGCGACAAUGACCAUCAAUUGAAGCCUAAAAAGUGCAAGCACAACAAAUUGCCUGAAAGAGCUGAGAGUAGCAAACUAUCUACAUUUAGUUCGCAAAUAGACCGCUCAACGCUUGAGGAUCAAUCGAACAUGAACAGUGCUAGCUCUGUCAUAACAGACUCCCGUCAUCAGCAUGACAAAGAAAUUCAAACAAUUUUCCAACAUUUCGCCACAACACCACAGCCUCUACAGCCACUGAGAAUGAGCGAGCAUAUUUAUACCACACAAUCUACGGUUGUCACUCAAAAUAGCCAUGCAGCUACGUCUGCGCUUGAUCAGUCAAAUAAUGAACCCAUAACUGCUGGAUCCAUACAAUAUGCACCGCUAUCUGCAAUACCAACGCCAGUUGAAACCCUUCCAGACUCGUCGCCAAUGUUUCUUUUAGACGGAACUCGAGUCUCGCACAUAAGCUCAUCUCAUCGAAACAGCAAUCCUGAACGACUUUACGAAGCAAAAGUGAAUGCGAAAUAUCCCUAUUAUGCUGCGCCACCACAUAUUAGAGAUUUCGAGUAUUUAUAUCGCUCCGCAUUGGCAAUGAAUGAGCAAUAAAAUUAAAUUUUUACUUGAGAUAGUGUUAACUUCUAAAGAAUAAAGAAAAAAUCGAAUGAUCAGCUGACAUCCUCUGAUAAGUUCAACGAAGUAACACUUAAAAAUUAAUUACUUUAUUUAUUCUCAGAGAUAUGAAAAUUAUUUACUUUUUUAUAUG